AUUAUUAUUUUUGUCAUAAAAUAAAAAACAAAAUCUGGGAGUCCCUACUAAUGACGUGGCGAAAUAGUAUUGGUUUAGAAAGGUUUUGAUUCAAAUGCGAAGAAAUUGCAGACCAGGGCUUUCAAUCUUUCAUUCAAUUCGCCUCUGCAAUCUCACCUACUCAGACCUUGAAGACGAAGAUAAUUAUGUCUGAGAGUCUCCGAGUUAUUUGAUCCAAUCGAUUGGUCUGCUUCGGUUUUGAUUGGUACUUAUCUCGUUCCUCAACAAUGGACUUCAGUCAACUGAGUCCUCCCCAAAUGACUCUGCUAGGGUCUGCAUCUUGUGUGAUGCUGUCGAUGCAUUUCACAAUUCAGUUGUUGUCACAGCAUCUGUUUUACUGGAAGAACCCGAAAGAGCAGAAGGCCAUCAUAAUUAUAAUUCUCAUGGCUCCAUUAUAUGCCAUCGUCUCCUUUGUGGGUUUAGUGGAUAUCCAAGGAAGCAAAGCUUUUUUCAUGUUUCUGGAAUCAAUUAAGGAGUGCUAUGAGGCUCUGGUGAUCGCUAAGUUCAUGGCUUUGAUGUAUAGUUUUCUGAAUAUUUCCAUUAGCAAUAAUAUCGUGCCAGAUGGGAUCAAGGGAAGGCAAAUUCAUCAUUCGUUCCCGAUGACUCUUUUUCAGCCUCGCACUGUCCGAUUGGAUCAAAAGACUCUGAAGCUUUUGAAACAUUGGACAUGGCAGUUUGUAGUCAUCAGGCCAGUUUGCUCCAUCUUGAUGAUAACAUUACAACUUAUUGGAAUUUACCCUAGCUGGCUGAGCUGGACAUUCACCAUCAUUCUUAACGUAUCAGUUUCGCUGGCCUUGUACUCACUUGUGAUAUUUUACCAUGUGUUUGCUAAGGAGUUGGCACCACACAAGCCACUUGCAAAAUUCAUGUGCAUCAAGGGGAUCGUCUUCUUCUGCUUUUGGCAGGGACUAGUGCUUAGCGCACUGGUUGCAAUGGGUGUCAUCCGAUCUCACCAUUUCUGGUUGGAUGUGGAACACAUUGAGGAAGCCAUUCAGAAUGUGUUGGUAUGUUUGGAGAUGGUUGUCUUCUCUGUUAUCCAGCAGUAUGCUUAUCAUGUUUCGCCUUACAGUGGAGAUGUUGAAGCAAAGAUGAAAUUAAGUAAGAAGAACGAAUGAUCUGAUGAUCGAAACCAGCCAUACAUUUUGUCUAGCAACAUAGUCAAAUAUGAACUUUUGUUCAUUUUGUAUUAGAUAUUUUUAGUGAAUGGUGUAGCUGUAUGAGAUGGUUUUAUACUAUGAACGUUCACCAUUGGUGUCAUUAGGUGUUCGCUACUUCUAUGGUAUUCAACUUGGCUUUGAUAAUAAUGGUAUUUUACUUUAGUUAUUUCA